GGCUCCAUGUUGGAUCCUACCAGCUCGAGGCUCCGGAGCUCCACCUGCGCACCAGCACCCAGCCGACAAGCCCGCUGCGCUUCGCGGGCUCAGGUAUGACGGCGGCCAGCCGACAACCCCCAGCAGUGUCACGGAGAAAGGCUGUCUCGGGCUCCGGUUGAAGCACCGCACCGAUCGGCGCCAGUUACACAGUUUUACCGGGUCUGAGGGCAGAGACGCACCUGAGCGGCGGGUGAAAAGUGGCAUGAAGCAGGAACCGCUGUGCUGAGAUAAAACCGCGCGGACAGGAUGUUCACUUUGACUGAAGUUGCAUCCUUGAAUGACAUCCAGCCAACGUACAAAAUCCUAAAACCAUGGUGGGAUGUGUUCAUGGACUACCUGGGACUGGUCAUGCUCAUGCUGGCCGUGUUUGCGAUGACCAUGCAGAUCACCAGGGACAAUGUGGCCUGUCUUCCUUGUAUGGAGGACUCAGCCGGUAACGGUCACUGUUUCCCUGGUCCGACAGCACCAGAGGAAGCCUCGUCUGCAGCUGCAGCCGGGUCUUCAGUCCCAACCCCAGCUGUGCAUCAGAUCCACACAACACAACACACUGCUUUGGCUGAAGAGAAGUACACCAAUAAGCCUAAACCCAGAGGGGUUAUCACCAACCUGGACUUCCAACAGUACGUUUUUAUCAACCAAAUAUGUUAUCACGAUGCCUUACCCUGGUACUCCAAGUACUUUCCAUACCUCACACUCAUCCACACCAUCAUUCUCAUGGUUAGUAGCAACUUCUGGUUCAAAUACCCCAAGACCAGCUCAAAGAUCGAGCACUUUGUGUCCAUUCUGGGUCGGUGUUUCGAGUCCCCGUGGACGACCAAGGCUCUGUCCGAGACGGCCUGUGAGGACUCUGAGGAGAACAAACAGAGACUGACCAGUGCCUCCUCAACACCGAAGCAGGUGUCUUUAGAGGGGAAGGACGACAACACCGACAGCCCAUCCACACCCAUGCUUGGAGUCAAGUUUUCUGCAGACAAGCCCAUAGCCGAGGCACCCAGCAGUAUGACCAUCCUGGAUAAAAAGGACGGGGAGCAGGCCAAAGCUCUGUUUGAGAAGGUGAGGAAGUUCCGAGCCCACGUGGAGGACAGCGAUUUGAUUUACAAGCUUUACGUAGGUCAGACUGCAGUCAAGACGUUCAAAUUCAUCCUAAUAUUGUGCUACACGUCAACCUUCCUGGCCGAAAUCAACUUUAAGCACGAGUGUAAACCCGACAUAACACACCUGACGGGCUAUAAGAAGUUCUUCUGUACUCACAACAUGGCCUUCAUGCUCAAGAAGCUGCUCAUCACCUACAUGGCUCUGAUCCUGAUCUAUGGGAUCACAUGCCUCUACUCGCUGUUCUGGGUGUUUCGAAGACCUCUAAAAGAGUAUUCCUUUGAGAAGGUCAGAGAAGAAAGCAGCUUCAGUGACAUUCCUGAUGUCAAAAACGACUUUGCGUUCCUCCUACACAUGGUUGACCAGUACGACCAGCUUCACUCCAAACGCUUUGGUGUCUUCUUGUCUGAAGUCAGUGAGAAUAAGCUGAGGGAGAUCAGUCUCAACCACGAGUGGACCUUUGAGAAGUUGAAGCAACACGUCACUAAUGCUCAAGAUCGGCAGGAGUUGCACCUGUUCAUGCUGUCCGGUCUCCCGAACGCCGUGUUUGACCUCACUGACCUGGAAGUUCUGAAGCUGGAGCUGAUUCCGGAAGUGAGGUUCUCUGCAAAGGUCUCCCAGAUGACCAGCCUGCAGGAGCUGCAUUUGUGUCACUGUCCAGCCAAAGUAGAGCAGUCCGGCUUCAACUUCCUCCGGGAUCAUCUCCGAUGCCUUCAUGUCAAGUUCACAGAUGUGGCCGAGAUCCCAACCUGGGUCUAUUUACUGCGGGGUCUGAGGGAACUCAACCUGACUGGCAACUUGAACUCGGAAAACAACAAAAUGAUUUGUCUGGAGUCGAUGAGGGAUCUGAAGCAUUUAAAGACUUUAUGUCUGAAGAGCAACCUGACAAAGAUCCCCACCAACAUCACCGAUCUGUCGCCACAUCUGAUUCGGCUGGUGGUGCACAACGACGGGACGAAACUGCUGGUCCUGAACAGUCUGAAGAAAAUGACGAGCCUGAUUGAACUGGAGCUGAACAACUGUGAACUGGAGCGGAUCCCUCAUGCCAUCUUCAGCUUGACCAACCUGCAGGAACUUGACCUGAAGUCCAACAGCAUCAGAACGAUAGAGGAGAUCAUCAGCUUCCAGCACCUGAAGAGGCUGACGUGCCUUAAACUGUGGCACAACAAAAUAAUCUCCAUCCCUGCAUCCAUCGGACAGGUGAAGACCCUGGAGUCUCUCCACCUGUCUCACAACAAGCUGGAGUCUUUACCUCCGGCCUUGUUCACUCUUCUUAAACUGCGACACUUGGAUGUGAGUCACAACUCCAUAGCAGUGCUCCCACCAGAUGUGGGCUCCCUCAACAACCUCCAGCACUUGGCCAUCAACUCCAAUAAGCUGGAGAUCCUGCCAAAGUCUUUAUUCAGGUGCACCAAGCUGAAGGUGCUCAGUGUGGGCCACAACGCGCUCAGCGCUCUGCCGGAGGCCGUCGGCCAGCUGGUCCAGCUCACUCAGCUGGAGCUCAGAGGGAACUGUCUGGACCGACUGCCCGCCACGCUGGGGAACUGCCGGCUGCUGCGCAGAAGUGGUCUCGUUGUGGAGGACCAUCUGUUUGACACGCUGCCAGUGGACGCUAAGGAGAGCAUCGGCCGAGAGUUAAACGCGUCCUUAACGGGUGGUCUAUAGAACCAACCGACUGGUUUGGGUCGGCUUCUGUAGUCGCUGGUUUGUUUCGGAUCGUGUCCAAGUCGGCCUCCCUCCUAGAUUCCUGUCACCUCAAAUCAAACCAACUGUCUGAUGUUGUAGCUGAAUAAACCAAAAGGCUUUUCAUCAGUAGUGCGCCGAGUAGACCGUCAGUGUUGUAUUAGGUACUCGGCUAUGAAUGUAACUAGGGGGAACCAUCAUGUUUUUGCCUUUGCUGCUGCUGUUCCUCAGUGACGGCGUCUCCCAGAAACAAAACCAAAAGCGAGUCGUUUGUUCCUGUUUAAGCAGACGGAUGAGUGUUCUGCACGUCUGGCUGUUGGUGACCUGAUGUAACCUCUGCUUCCUCUGAGCGCCGCGGCCGCGUCCCCAACAGGAGAGAUUCAGGUGGACACCAAAUCCAGACCUGCUCCUGUAAACAAGCAUGAAAAUCCUGCACCUUUAGGGGGGGGGGGGUUAAAUCCACCAAUUCCCCUCUUUCCUUUUCAUUUUCUCUUCCCCCUUAAAUGUUUUAUCACAAUUUUUUUUCUUAUUUUAAACAUUUUUAAUCAUUUUUUGAAAUCUUUUUUAUAUUUAAAUGUUUUGUUUUUGUGAAGCACCGUGUGAGUUUCAUCUUGAGAGCCGCUGUAGAAAAGGUGGUUUUCUUUCUUAUUUAAUAUUCAUCAUGAGGGGAAAUAUUCACAAGGAUUCUUAACAACACCAUCAGUGCAACAAAUAAAUAAACAAAUACCGGUCAAUAAAUCCGUGCAUCUUGUCUAGAGGUCUCCUGUGUAGACCACCAGACGGCUCCACUCGUACGAUCCGAACCGAGUGGUCCUGAUGGGUCGGGUCAGGUUAGAGCGCGAUGAGCCACAUUCGGGAGAGAGAGAGAUUCUUUAUGGUUGUCAGCAGCAGGGCCCGGUUCGUGCUUCGUCACUCUUCAAAUGAGACCGUUGGGUUCAAACAAAUUCAUCCGUUCAUAUUUGUCUUUGAUCAUUUGUUGUUUUUAAAGCUAAUUUCUGAAGUUAAUUUAAAAACAUUAAUUUGGAUAUAAUUAAAUCACCUGUUAUAAAGCAGUAGAAUGUGGGAAAUGACAUCCCCCCCCCCCCAUCGCCCGUCUCUGUCCCCGUCCACAGAGCUGAGGACGAGACUGGGACAUGUGGCUAAACGUGUCGGCCUCUUCUCCGAGGAGCAGAAACUUGUUAGCAGAAGGAAAACAAAAGCUUUGCUGCGGAGUUAAAACCAUCCCAACACAGAAUCAGGUGUGUGUGUGAGCAGGGACACGUACAAAACAUGCCCCCCCCCAUUAUACAGUACAGAGAGGGUCUUAUUGCUUCCGAUGAGAACGUGUUUAGGUACUUUAUUAUAUUCGAAUGUAUUAAACGACUCCGCUGCGUCGUUUCCUUCCACAAAGGUUUUAGAUCCAGAAUGUCUGCUGCUUCCAUAACUAUAUUUUAGUCUCACGUUUUUCACCUUUGACCUGUUUUCAUGUCUGUGUAAAGAUGGUUAAAGAUGGUAUUUUAAUGCCUACAGUUGAUUUCCAUCAUUUUUCUCUCUAAGACCAACGAGAAGGGGAUCUUAACAGGUGCUUUAAUAGAACAUGUGACUGAAGAACCAGUUGGACAGACUGAUGAUAAAGUCGGCCUCCACUCCUUCGGUGGUGCUGCAGACGUGCGCACGCACGCACCACCUUGCUUACUCAGCUAAAGUUCUCGUCUGUAUUGGGCAAUAAAGCCACAAUCCAGACGUCUGUCCACUGAUCUCCCUCAGGUGUGAAGCUAAUGCUGCUGCAGAAGUCAGAGUUCUCUAAUAAUGCUAACGAUUAAUGAAGGCCUUUCUGGAGCUUGCUGUGCUACAAUUCCUAUUUUACUGCUCAAUGGCCUCUGUUCAGAGAAACAGAGAUGAGAGCCUUCAGGACUGAGGAGCCAACAGCUAGUAGGAGUGAAGCAAAGACCAGUGUGUCGCUGCUGUCUGGAAACAUGCUACGAUAGCCUAAGUGUCACUACCACAUACGAGACAUUGUUGUUUAAACCCUCCCACCACUGUUGCUUCAAACUAGCCGUUAGCUCAUCAGUCCUAAAGGAUGUAAACCAUGUCUCUGAACAGAGGCUGUUCAGGAAGCUGUCUACAGUGAAGGAGUUUAUGUUUAUUUAUUAGGCAGACGCUUUUAUCCAAAGCGACUUACAACUUAUAACCUAUAGGGCGUGUUGUGAUCUGUGGGGGAAACCGGACUACCCGGAGGAAACCCACGCAUGCAUGGGGAGAACACGCAACUCCACGCAGAAAGGCCUCAGCCGAGUUUCGAACCUGCAACCUUCAUGCUGCGAGGCAACAGUGCUAACCACUGCACCACCAUGCAGUCAAUGUUAAGAGACUGUGUGUGUGUGUGUGUGUGUGUGUGUGUGUGUGUGUGUGUGUGUGUGUGUGUGUGUGUGUGUGUGUGUGUGUGUGUGUGUGUGUGUGUGUGUGUGUGUGUGUGUGUGUGUGUGUGUGUGGAGUCCCUGAGUAAGUGCCUGAUAGUGAAACAUUUUCUAGGUAAAACAGGAUCCGAUGCAGAUGCCUAGCCCACAGGAGAGGAAACGCAUCCUUCCUGUUUUUGAUGAUCUCAUCUUUUCAGUUUGAGUUAACGAACAUGUUUGAGUCCUGAUGAGCGUGUGCACAUCAGAAGUUCGUGUUUGUGUUAGUCGCUGUUGCACAUCUACCCACAUCUGACUAGAGAAAUAAAGAGUGGGGAAGCUCCUUUCCUCCCCAGAGGCCCUGUUGGGUUCGGUCUGCAUCGCGGACAUUUGGGUUUAUGGUAACGUUGCCUGGAGACUACAGUGGAAAACAUGUAGGCCUUUAGCUCCCAGGCCCUCCCUCAUUUAUUUUGUUUUUCUGCAUUAAAGGUCAAACCUGA